AUGUUACGAAGAGCUGCGAGCAAUGCGUAUUCAUGGUGGUGGGCAAGCCAUGUCCGAACCAAACAAUCCAAAUGGCUCGAUGAAAAUCUUCAAGAUAUUGAGGAGAAGGUGCAAUACGCACUUAAGCUAUUGGAAGACGAAGGUGACUCUUUCGCAAAGCGUGCUGAAAUGUAUUACAAGAGAAGACCAGAACUAAUCAGUUUCGUGGAAGAAGCAUUCAAAGCCUACCGUGCUUUAGCUGAACGUUACGAUCACAUCUCCAAGGAGCUACAAAACGCAAACACAACCAUCGCAUCUGUGUUCCCCGACCAAGUCCCCGAGUUUGCAAUGAACGAAGACGAUGAAUCCGCUCUUCCUUCCUCUCCAAGAAACCGUAAACCGAAUAAGAACGUUCCAAAGGUUCCUGAGUUUCCUAUAAAAGACCCCGAGGCUGCUACGAAGAUGUUUAACUCGAGGAAAGGUAAUAAUAACAAAGGUAAUAAUGAUGUUGUGGUUAACAAGUCCGGUUUAAGCAAAACCGAGGCGGUUGAGGAGAUUGAUAAGUUGCAGAAAGAGAUUCUUGUUUUGCAAACGGAGAAGGAGUUUGUGAAGAGCUCUUACGAGAAUGCGCUUGCGAAGUAUUGGGAGAUUGAGAAUCGUAUUAUGGAGAUACAAGGGAAGGUUUGUGGUUUGCAAGAUGAGUUUGAUGAAGGUGCUGUUGUGAUUGAAGAUGAAGAAGCUCAGGUUCUGAUGUCAGCGGCAGCUCUUAAAUCAUGCGAGGAGAAGUUGGAUGAGAUGAGGGAGAAGCAUGAGGAGAAUGUGAAAGAAACUGAGAUCGCAAGACAAGAGAUUAGUAAAUCAAAAGAGGAGAUUGAUAAACAUUCUGAUGAUGAAACAAGGACUCAAAGAAGUGGAGAAGUGGAAAAGGAAGAGGUUAAGGAGAAGGUGAAUGAAGAUGAGGUGGUGGUGGAUAGCUCUAGCUCAUGUCUUACUAUAACAGAUGUGGCUGAUAAUAUAGAUGAGCUUGUGAAUGAUGUGAUGAAUUUGGAGAAUUUGUUUUCAUCUCAAGCAGCUUUGAUACAAAGGCUAAGAGAAGAGAUUGAUGAUCUCAAGGCACAGAUUGAAGCCCUUAAAGAGAAUAAUAACAACUCAUCUCAAAGUGGUGAAGAUACUGCUGACAUGAAGAAGAGGCUGAGAGAGAUGGAGGAAAAGCUGAAUGGUAUUAAUGGUAUACACAAGGGGGUUGAAGAACAGAGUCACAACAUUGAAAUACACCUUACUAGAGCACAUAUAAAACUAACUUUCUUGUCUAACAAGUUAAAGGGCUUAAACCAAGGAGAAGAUGGAUCAAAGGAUACUAAUGUGCCAAUUCAAAAUGCUACAUCUUUGAGUGAUACAACCUUGUCUGAGAAGUUAACAAGCUUGAAACAAGAAGGAGAAGAAGAAUCAAAGGCUACUAAUGUGCCAAUCCAAGAUGCAAGAUCUUUGAUUGAUGCAAAGAUUCUAGAGGAAAAACUUGAUGAUUCAGUUGUGUCUGAAGAUGUUAAACCAUCAUCUGAAGUGGUUAUUGCUGAAAAAGAAAUUAAAGAAAGUGAAGUUUUAUUAUCACCAAAGACAGGCAUUGAAGCUGAAGAUAAAGAGUUUUUGCAGAAGAUUCUUGCACAUGGGAUUGAAGGUAGAGAGAAACAUCUCUUAACAGAAUACACAAAGGUACUUAGAAGCUACAAGGAAGUGAAAAAGAUGUUAGAUGAAACAGAAACAAGACUCAAGAGUGAAAACACAAUAAAAGAUGAACAGCUCAGAGUCUUGAACCAAAAACUCAACCUCCUUCUGCUUCAAGGUAAAACUGAUGAUAAGCAGAAGACUACAGCCAAGGAACAAAAACAACAGCGUGAGCAGUUGUUCAUGUUAAUUUACAAAGAAGAUAAUGCCAUAAACGCAAUAACUGGUCAGAACCAGAUGUUAUCACCAAAAGAACAACUAUUUGAAGCAAGAGUUGAUGCAUUGUUAAGUGAAAACUUAAACUUGCUGGUGAGGUUUAGCAACUCGUUUGGACAGAUACAACAGUUCGAUACUGGGAUUAAAGACUUACAUGCUGAGUUGAUGAAGAUCGUGGACCAGAAGAAUCAAGAUAAGCCUUCUCUAAGAUCAAACGUUCGUCCUAUUUACAAACACCUCAACGAGAUACGCACUGAACUAACCAUCUGGCUAGAGAAGAGUCUAAUGCUAAAGGAAGAGAUCAACUCAAGAGCUUCAACGUUAAACAACAUACAAAACGGAAUAACAGAAGCUCUCAAAACAGAUUCUGAAGAUCCGGAAAAGAAGUUUACUAUCUACCAAGGAGCUAAGUUCGAAGGUGAGGUUUCAAACAUGCAAAAGGAGAACAACAGGAUUGCAGAAGAGCUUCAGACAGGUUUGGAUCAAGUUUUGAAACUGCAGAAAGAAGCUGAUAAGACACUUGGGAAGUUGAGUGAGGAGUUUUCACUUUCUGAGUCAAAGAACCGGUCCAGUUCACGGUCUACGCAAGAUGGGAAAAGUAGUAUUCCUCUGAGAUCGUUUAUCUUCGAUGCUAAACCCAAGAAGCAGAGAUUAUCUCUUUUCUCUUGUAUCCAACCUUCAAUGUCUAAGAAGAUGAGGCCUGAUUCAUAG